CUUGGCCUCAAAGACCUGAGAGCACCACAAGUCAGAGUUGUAGUCAGUGUGAACAGACUGUCUAUGAUCAAUCAUGUCCUCAGUUCUCAUAACUCUCACCUGUCUUUAUCUGGCUUGAUUGGUCCCCACCCAACCCUCUUUCUUCAUCCAGCCCGUCAUCCUUGGACCCUGUUUGGCCACUUCAGCAGCUACAACCAAGCUUGCCAUGCAGACUUUUUGACAUCAUGUAUGUCACUGUGGAGAACAAGGUGAUGGUAUUUGGCUCAGGUACAAGACUCAUUGUGACAGAUAAUGAAGUCAAAUCACCGAAAGUGACCAUCUACCCAGCAUUUACACAUCAACGCAAUGGGAGGACCAUCGUGCUGUGUCGGGCCAGUGACAUGUUCCCAGACUUGGUGAGGUUUUCAUGGAAGAUGGAGAGAGAAGACGGCCGGUUGGUGGAGGUGCCUGAAGCAGAGAGAGAAGAGCUGGAGCAGAGGGAGGACGGGAGAGUGACUAGUGUGAUCAUCAUCAAGAACCAAGAGGCAAAAACAAAAAAGUACAGCUGUACUGUAAAGCAUGAAGUGUCCAAUGUUGAAGACAUUCCAAAAAUACACAAAAAAGAGGAAUCUUCUUUUACCACGGCUGCAUCUGCACCAACCUGUCCACCCCAGAAUCAUACACACGUCUCUCCUGCCGUCCUCGUCCGUGAUGAACUGUUGCAGUCCAUGUGCAGUGUGAACCUGGCCUCUCUGGUUUACACUGUGAUGAUAGUGAAGAGCUUGGUGUACUGCUGUGGGCUCUCCCUCCUGCUGCUCCUCAGGGACAAGAAGGGAAGUCCACCCCACACCUGGAGACAUGAUCAGUCCACCCCACACCUGGAGACAUGAUCAGUCCACCCCACACCUGGAGACAUGAUCAGUCCACCCCACACCUGGAGACAUGAUCACUGAUCUGUACUGUAAUUAACGUGACAAUUCAUUUAGAGUCUUAAUUCUGUUUGUCAAAAAUAUUUUAUGUAUUUUUUUCUCUUGACAUGUUAUACAAUAAAUACAAUAAAAUAAAUACAACAUU